AUGAAUGAAGCUCCGCCCCCUGUAACGCCGUCAAAAGCAACAAAGCGAGAGCCACAGCAACGGUCACGUUCUCGCUCAGUCAUAUCGAUCUCGACUCCAACCAAGAACAAGAACAACCGUCCCAACUCCGUCGCUCAGUACUCACCGGAGAGUCACCCGACCACUGACCCCUCCUUGUUGGCCCUGACACAACAACAAGUCUCCGCCGACCCGAAACCAGCAACACCGCCAUCGGCUGCCAUUGAAGACUCCUUGCCUGAUCGUCCGAAAUUCGCUCCUCCACCUGGAUUCCCUAUCGAUCCGGCUUUGGGCAGUGCAUCUCCGGCGCCUGCCGAAUACAGGCCCUUCAAGCCUUCUGAUGUCGAAGUCCCAUCGUCACCCCCGGCAAUAGAGGAUCUGCCUCAGUUGCAGGAUGCACCAGUUCUGGAAGAGGAAGAGGAAGCUGCCGAAGAUGAUGUAGCCAUUGCGGCUGAUGACGAACCUGCUGCUGGCAAUAGUAGUGGUCGGCCCAAAAAGAGGUCCUCCUCGAGUGCCGAAGACAAUGAUGCCGAACUUCGUCGUCUAGCCAACGAAAAUUCCAAUGUCGAACUGAGCGAACUGGCUCGUCGAGUAAGAAAUGAGGAAAACUCACCUUCCGCCGAAAAGACCAGACAGGUUUACGGUCUUGGUUGGUUGAUGCACCACUGCGAGAGGGUCCCCGACACUUCUGUUGCAGUCCCUCGUAACCGCGUGUACGCGCGCUAUGUCACGGUAUGCGCCAAUGAGAAGAUCAAGCCCUUGAACCCAGCGUCUUUUGGCAAGUUGGUUCGACUGCUGUAUCCGGAGAUUAAGACUCGCCGGCUCGGUGUCCGGGGCCAGUCCAAUUCCAGUAACCGCAUCGGUAACCGCACGACCGCUCCCAUCGGUACUUUCGGCCCUCCAGCUACACCCCCCAAGCCUCCACAGGAAACACCGUUGUCGAAUUUCAUGCGUGAGGACCUUUAUUUUUUGCGCCACGAUGAUUUUGAUAGCCUCACGUCCCCGCAAGACAUGUUUCACAUUCCCGCAAUCAGUCCAUACCUUCCUUUGGGAACCGACCGAGAUGUUGCUGCCACUUUGACAGCCAUAUAUCGUUCGCACUGCACUUCGCUGGUGGAAUGUGUCCGAUACAUGCGCUUGAAGCAAUUCCACCAGUUGUUCGUCUCAUUCCAUGGUACAUUGACGGUACCGGUCCAAAAGCUGUUGGCCGCGCCUUCGCUGGCCCCUUGGAUCCGGGAAGCCGAUUGGGCCAUGUACAAGGAAAUGAUCCGGCUCCUCUCGCCGCUGGCGCUGCAAGUUGUGCCCUCGUUUGUUUUGUCGGCUUUGCGUCAGUUGUCCACCAAUCUUGCUCUCCACAUCUCGGCCACCUUCUCGGCCUGCUCCCAGCACGUGAUCCAAGCAAAGUUGGCUCCAGCCACUAUAUUUGCGACACUGCUGGACCGUCUCCUGAGGGUCAACGAUGCUGCGCAUGCCGCAGCAAGAUUCCUUGGAAACCCACCGGACCGUGAGCAGAUGAUUAAGGAUUGGCAUUCGUUCGUCAACCCUCAGAUGAUCAUCAACCGGGAAUUACCCUGCUAUGCUCCACUCAUUAAGCAGAUCCUGAGCACGGAGAUCUCCACGCUGCUGCAGCCAACGCCACCACACUUCCCGAGUGAAGGCCUCUCUGCUCUCGGCCUUGAAGGCGGUAGCGGAGGCGAAGACGGAGCGACCACGGAGAGUGUCUUGGACAAAUGGACCAACUUCCUGACCAAACUACCUCAGCGCUUCGACGCCAAGUCUCCGCGGUACUUCAACAUGUGUCUCGGCGCAGUCGCCUCGGCCGCUCUGCGGGAUUUGACCACCAACGGCGCGAUCUCGUUCGGCAGCUGGUGGGUCGUCCGCUGCUGGAUCGAUGAGUGGAUGGGAUGGCAAGCGGAGCGAGGCGGCUUCCUUAAUCAUGGAGUCGUCCAAAACACCCUGCCUUCGCCAACGAACGGAUGCACGCGAGAAGGAGGCGAUAGGACGUCGGCCAUGAGCGACAUCAUGGAUACUACCGAGGAUCUGGCACAAGACGACAGUGGAGUUUCGCUGCGCGAGGAACACAUCCAUCUCCUGGAAGAUGUCGGAGACGAUCGCGAUAACAGGAUGGUUCCCGUUAGCUUUGGGGCGAAAUGA